ACUAGUAAACGGCGCGCGCGGUGUAUUCCUUCGGUCAUUCGGUUUCGCAGCAUAUUUUGAUAAAAUAGUUCCGAUUCAGCUACAAAGUAAGACACAUGUGUCGUAAAUGAAUUUAUUUGUGUUUAAUAAUUCAAAUAAUUAACACAUAUUACUUCCACCUCUUUUGUGUUUGUUUAGUGCAGUUUUAUUUGAAUUGAAAAUAUCAACGAAAAUGGUUGUGAAGUGUCUGUUUUUGUUAACCGUUGUAACUGGUCUGGCUUAUGCACAAAGUGAAGAGCCAUUGUUCCCAAAAAACUUCACCUUACCACCUGAGCUAGAAGGUAAACUUGAUCAGGAGGCCAUAGGGUCAGUGCAGAAUAAGUCCAAAGAGGCUUUCAAGAAGAAGUGCGAUCAGAACGGAGGACCAGAUGCAUAUGCAAAAGCUGAGAACGCGUUCACGAAUUUCAUACAGUGUGUGCAGGGUAUAGUGGACACAGAAGUGUUACAAAGAGAGAUCGAAGAUGCCAAACCGAACGGCACCGUCGACGAAGUGUUCCAAAAGUAUUGCAAGAAGACACCGGUGUUUACAAAUUGCUUCAAGACCCUCGAGCAGGCCACGAACCCGUGCUUCGCUGAUGAGGAGCGCAAGAACAUGAAGACUGUCCACAACGUCACCAACCAGCUGGUUGACUUCAUCUGCUACAAAGAGGGUGACAGGAUAGCGCUGUUCAUUGCCGAGGGUGGUCAAGAGUGCUUCCAGGAAAAGCGGCCGGAGCUGGAGGCGUGCGCCAACAAGACCCUUGAUGAAGACGUAUCCUUCAAAGUGGACAACAUCGCCACCGGAGACCUGCCUACACUGACCUUUGACGAGAAACAGUGCGGUAAGAUAACGACGCUGCAGGAGUGUACUGUGAAAGUGUUGGAGACCUGCGAGAAACCGACUUCCGCUAAUAUUGUCGAGUCUCUGUUCAAGUUCAUUCGCAAUGUGACGCCGUGCAAGGAGUUCAUGGCCCGCGGUGACAAAGGCAAAUCUAGAGGCCGUGAAAAGUCCAAACCCAACUCGGCCAACGUCCUUCCCGUCACAGUUGCAACGAUCGCCAUGGGUCUUCUUACAGCGGUCUUCGUUUAAAUAUAUAUUAGAAAUGUAUAAGUAGUGUUAUUGCUGGUUCGAAGUAUGGGUGUUUCGUUUAGGCGUGAAUGUUAGAAAUGCCCAAAUACGAUGCUUAAACUUUUAGUGCAGACGGCCAUUUUGAAAUUUAACUUCGGUUUUAACCCCUUUUCUUUUAUUGUUUACCUAUAUCAAUUGUUUUUAUUAAGAAUAAAACUGUUACUAUUUUUGAGAUGAAGAUUUUUAAACGCCACUGUACAACUGAAUGGAUGAUAGCAAAAGAAUGUUACAAUAUGGCGCUUGAUACAUGAACAAUUUAUUACUUAAUGAUAGCUUGAUGUUAUGAUUAUUUGCUUGUAAGUAUAUGUGUAAGACAGGAUUUGUGCAUACAUAACAGUGAUGUUAAAUAUUUGAAGCUAUGUUAAGAUAUGUUUCAAAAAAGAUGUUGCUUAUGCCAUGAAAAUCUCGAACGCCAUGUGACUUAAUUAAUUUGUGAUUAUACGCUAGGAACACUGUUAAAUAUUGAACACAUUAAUAUAGAGACCAGUCCUACUAAAAAAUAUAUAAUCGAUGUAUAUGAUUUGUAAACAUUUUAAUAUACAUUGAGAUGUGAGUUCCAAAGAAAACAUCCUUUAAAAUUGACUUAUAACGCCUUUCGUAUGUCAAAGUGAUCACAAACAAGUUGAUAGACGUUGUAAUAUAAAAUAAAAAAAUAUAAUAUAAAAAUACUUCAACAAAUAUUUUAAUACAUAGAAAUGAAUCUAUAUAUUUUCGGAGUUUAUCGCGGCUUUUUUAAAUUAUAAUUUCCUCCUGAUGUUUCCAUGAAGGCUGCAAUCUUCGAAACAUAAUAAAAUUAUAAUUUGCCGCUAUAAAAUCAGUUUUUUUUUAUAUAUUUGCGUAAACAUAUAUAAUCGUAAUGCUAUACAUGUUAGCAUAGCUUAGUAACGUUGUGUAUGCACAGACCAGUGAAGGUGAUGUGUUUUAUGUAAGUGUAACUUAUGAAUGACGUCAUACGAAUGUGGUAACGGUGGUACAUAUAAAGACUUUUAUACAUUUAUAUUUACGUUGGUGAUAAUUUUUAUAAAAAUGUUUUAUUGUACAUCCCCGUAUCACAGAAUACAUAUCUCUUAUAUAUAAAUGGAUAUUUUAGCGCCAAAAUUUCGCGGCCAAACAUUAUACCCUCCAAAUGCUUAGGCUUGUAAGUAAAUAGAUAUACGGCUGGCUUUAAAAGAAACAUAUUUUUUAUGCUUCCUGUAUAAAUUAAUUAAAAAUAUUUAGUAGAAAAUCAGUUCGUAAGAGAAACGAAAAUCAGUUCGAUCUAACGAAUGCAAUUACCACCAGAUGUUAGUCUACACAUAAUCGGCCGUUUUUCAAUAAUCGAUCCCGAUCUUAAUCGUAGAUUCGAUCCCGAGAAUAAACCAAUCAGAAUAAGUUAUUUGUAAAAAUGACAAAAAGAACAUUGUUUUGAUUGGACAAUUUUCGCGAUUGAUUGAAAAAGUUAUCUAGAUAGUUAUUAAAAACGGCAGUUUAUUUCAUAGCUUUUGAUUGAUGACUUUGUUACAGACUUGUUAGUUGGUUUUUAGGCGGGAACUUUAUAGUAAGUAGUGUUUAGUUUAUUAUUUUUAGUUUAUUGGUGUUUGAUCAAUUUUUAUUGAGUUAUGUACUGACCUUGUUCAGAAUGUAUGGUGUGAAGUUAGUGUUUUAUUGCCAGGGCUCAAGAACUGAACAUAGUUUUAAAUGGAUUUGUGUAUGUAUUUUUUUUUAUUUUCUAUUCGUCUUCGGGUUCCACUGAAUUGCUUCCAGAAUUAUAAGGCUGUUGCUUUAUUCGUAUAUGGGCAGCGGAUUUGGACUGGGACGUCUUUGAUUCAAUUCCCAGCGCGGGUAAAACUUUGUGCGGAGUUUUCUAAUACAAUUUAGAAGUAGUUUUAUUGUCGCUGCAAGGCCCUAAAUAUCUUCAAGAUUAGGGAACCAUUUUCACGCCCGCUCUCUUUCCCCGGCUUUAGAAAGGUUCUUUACUUCAUAUCGGAGACGAAAUACGCUAUAAAACCGUCUGUUUACUAGUUCCGAGCCCUGAUUACUGCUACAUUUCCAAAUAACUAUAUUUGCAUAAAUAUUAUAAUUUAACUUUUACUACGUAUCACGGGUUAUAAAUUAUAUUAUAUUACCGUCACUAUUCGGUGUUUGUAGAGGUUUUAAAAUACUGUCAAUAUAUAUUUCAUUUACAAAUUUAUUGAAUUAUUUUAUUGGAAUACAAUAUUUGUUGUACUUCCAUUAAUUACCAUGCUUUUUAUAUUUUUUUAAGGAAUCAAGUUUUUUAUACGUAAUUAUUUUAUAAAUCAGCUUACAAGCAGUGUUCAUUUGGUUUUUAUUGCGUUUAACGAUAAGAACAAUUAUUUUCAUUAAGCCUUAAAUAUUUUUGUGAGUUUUACUCACAAAAUUAUUAUUAUUCACAAAAAGGCCUAUUUUUCAAUUUAUUGUAUUUAAUAUAUUUUAUAGAAAGUUAACUUUAAAAUCGUAAAUAUACUAUUUAGAUAUAUCGAUCAAAAUGCUAUUUUUCCAUAGAUAUAUUCUGAGAAAAUAUUUAAAAAUUCAAUAAAGCCAAAAAUAUAUUUACAUAUUUCUUUGCAUAUAAAUAUCAUCAUGAAUACAUAUUAUUAAACGAAAUAGUAAAAUUGCACAAAAUCAGUCUAGUUGUAUUAAAUAAGCUUCAGUAUGGCACAAAAAUUUAGAUCGAUAGCAGUAAUUAAUCACUUUCUUGAGCGACAUCGAUGUUAAAUAUUCCAUUGGGGAUGUUGACAAUAUUAUUUUAACUACAUUUAUAAACACUAAACUAAAGCUACUAAAGGUUUAAAGAGUCCGCAAUAUAUCAUAUUACCACACUACAUCUACAUUGUACCCUUCAUUGAAAGAAAGAGACAGUAGAGUGCUUUGACCUUUACAUAUAAUUUACGCGCAUUUUAAAUUUAUAGUUUGUUUUAUUGGGGUUUGUAUUCGUUUUUAUGUUUACUCUAUAGUACAAGUUAUAACACCGGUCAACAUCCCUAUUGUAUAUUUUAAUGUGUCGGGACAUCCCUAGUGUGUAUAGUCUGAGGCGUAUAGUGUACGAUAUCGUUGUACAAGGAAAAAAUAUAUUGCUUACUAAUCCAUUUAUCUCACGUACAAUUUAUAUAACGACAUAAACAAUAUAUUUUUUUUUUAAUUCAAAUACUUAUUUUUUAAACAAAUUAUUAAGAGUUAUACAAAAAAGGUAAACAACUUAUAAAAAUGAGUAAGUUUCCAAAACGACUUUAAUGUAAAUAAAUUUAUUAUUUCUUAUCAUAUUGCCUCCUAAACACCUCCAAGUAAGUUGCGCUAGAGAUGUCUCUGGUUUAAGUUUCUGUUAGUUUUAAGUAUUGUAGGGUCGAUGUUGUGGGCUGUUUAUUAUUUGUGAUAAAUUUACAUAAAUGUCGCUUUUUGAUAAGUGUUAUUUUGCAAAUAAAUGAUGAGAUGAAAAA